AAAAUCAAACAAACAUGAAUGUAAGUACGGUAAGACCUUGGAUCAGGCCUGCACAACGUACGGGCUGCAUGUGGCCUAAGAAAGCUUAUUUCACGGCUAGCGAAGUGAUUUAAAAUAUUUAUACUCACAAAAAAUGAAGAGAUUGAUGCACGUAAUUCUGAAUAAAUUCAUCCAAGUAAAUGUUCAAAUUACCAAUUCAAAUAAGCUGGAAAUUGCUCAAUUUCGUUCAAUUUAUCUAAGUCCUUUUGCAUCUGGCAUAUAAUUUUGGCACACUCACGUUUUGUACCAUAAUUUCUUGUGUGUUGCAAGGGAAUGCAUGGAAGUGCAUACAAGAGUAACGAUUGAUUUGAGCAUUUCUCAACCAAAUCACAAUGAUCAGAAACAAAGAUUCAAAUGGACAAAUAAAUAGGUAUUUAAUUGCAGCCGAAAAUUCAAAACCAUUCUGUUUUGCAUACUGAAAAGUGGCGUCAGUUCAACUGCACAAAAGGAAACAUUUUGGUGUUAAACAUUAUAAAAACUAGAUCUGUAGAACUAAAACUGUGAUUUCUGGAAUAUUUUGAAAAUAUCAACUUAAGUGAUCGUGUUCAUUUAUGAGGAGUUUCUUGCUAGCAUUCCCCAUGAAAAGUUGGAUCUUGUGUCGAUUCGUUUAUAUAUUUUAUAUUCCGGACAAUACUGCAAUAUGAUAUCGAUAUACCGUAAUGACGAUAACGUGUCCCAUGAACAUUUGUUUUAGUUGAAUAUAUGAUAACAUUUGUUGCGGUCACUUACCGGUAGUUCAUUGGCCUGCCUUAAGCCAAUAGUCAACUCAACUCUGGCAUCUAAAUUUGAAAUCAGAUUAUAUAUAUUCAAUUUAUUCACAAACAAAAUAGGGAAUCGAAUAUGGGUGAGUGUUUGGUUUAGUCCCAAUCCUCAGUCUUGAGGCAAGUGAUGGAUUAUCAAUUCCGAAUUCCUGGGAAAUUUUCGAUGAUCAUUACCUUUGCUGCUUUGAUUCAAAUAGUCAUAAUAUAGAAAGGUUUUCAGUAUCUAUCUCCCAGUGCUUUUUAUAUCUCUCAAACACCAGAGCCUUAUAGUUGUCGAUGCUCUUUGCGGCAAUUUAUUAUCGGGCCACUGUAAAAACACCUAACAUUUACAGAAUUGAAAGUCUAUGAUAUUUUAUGAUUGAUUUGAUCGAGAUUUAUCAGGACAAUGACAAGUAAAGAAGAAGAAAUUACCAGAAAGAUUGAACUCUUGAAAAGAAAGAAUGAGCUCCUCUUACAAAGACACAAAGAAGUUGAAGAAGACAAAAAAUCUGCGGAAAAAUCGGGACAAAAUUUCAGUAAGCCAUCUCAUGAAAACCCAUCACAGGGUCAAAAAAGAUCUGAAAAGGUUCAGCGUGGCGGGAGAUAUCAGUCACACAGAGCACAUAUGGAUGAAUAUGAUGAAAAAAAAGUUCCUGAUCAAUCUCGUGAAUCUAAUAACAGGAGAUAUAGAGGAAGGGGAGUGCAGCAAGAUGAUGUACCUCGAGGGUCAUCGAGAGGAAGGGGAACACAGCAGGAUGAUGUACCUGGAGGGUCAUCGAGAGAAAGGGGAACACAGCAAGAUGAUGUACAUCGAGGGUCAUCGAGAGGAAGGGGAACGCAGCAAGAUGAUGUACCUCGAGGGUCAUCGAGAGGAAGAGGAACACAGCAAGAUGAUGUAACUCGAGGAUCAUCAAGAGGAAGGGGUAGAGGGAGAGGAAGGCCACAACAGGAUUAUGAAGCAAAACGUUUAGAAAAUUUUCGUCUAAUGGAAGAAGAACUGGCACAAGGCACUACAGAAGAGGCUGCAGAACCAUCUCCUUCUCCUGUAGUUCCAAGAUUUCUUGAUGACCCAAGAAGGAGAGGAGAAUUGGAUCCAGAGCAACGAUGGAAAUCAACCAGACAUAAAGGGAGUUACGGUGGACUUGAUUUUGAUAAUAUCAAACAUGAAAUGAGAGGGCGAGGAAGAGGUGGAAAUUAUAGGGAACAUCAUGGUAGGGGCAGAGGUGCAUCGAAAUUGCAAAUGUCUGCAGAAUAUACUGGAAGAGAGAGACGGGAUCAAGAAAGGUGGCACGCAAUGAGAGAGGCAGCAGACAAAGAAAUUAUGGCUCGCUCUAAAACAUCAGAAGGUCAGUGGAGACGAGAAUGGGAUCAGAGAAAAGAUACGUUUGAUUCACUACCACAUGAUGACCAGGGACAUUCUGAUCGAUAUGAUGAACCUCGUCGGAACCAUCGUGGUGGAGGUCGGGGUAGAAGAGGUAGAGGAAGACGAGGAAGCAGGAGCAGUCACGAAUCUACUGAAAAUGGAAAAACUCCCCAAAAGACUGACCAGGCAGCACCAGUGCAAGGUGAGCAAGUACAGGAGACACCAGAGACAGUGCUUGAAGACCCAGAGGCAAAUGAGGAAAUUCCUGUUGAAAGCAGAAAAGAGAAACAAAAUGAUCAGGAUGAGGAAAAGUCAGCAGAUUCUAAGCCACAAAGGCAAAGAAAAACUAAAAACAAGAGUCCUCGUCAUCUCAAUCAGCAAAGGGCUCAAACUCCAUCCAGUAAAGAUGGCACGGAAGUUUGGGCACAAAAUAGUCACCACAGUGAUGAGAUAGGACAGGACUGGAAAAAUGGAGCAAAUAGAAGUGCAGAGCAGUGGCUACCUUCUGAUGAAGGUAAUCGGAAUCCAGCAAUUGAUGAAAGAAAGUUGGAGCAACAAGAAGAUGGUGCUACUGUAUAUUCAAGACAUCUUGGUCGAGGGUGGGGAACAGAGAAAAACAUUAAAGCCACGAAGGCUUGGGUGAUAGAUACUGAGAAAGCUGGUGAUAAAAUAUUACCACCCGAAUCUUCUGACAAAUCACCUAAUAAUAGGGGUCGGAAUGAAAACCGUUCAGACGAUAAACCAAACUCUGCUCGAAAAGGGCGUAAUUUCAAAAAGGAAGAUACUAGAUUAAAAGCGAUUGCAAAUGAACGCUCUGAAAUGCGUUCAGCAUCUCCGAGGUUAAGACGAGGUCACCCGGAACUUACAGUGCAAAUUAGUGAAAGUGGUGGAAGGAGGGUUAAACGUUACUCUGAAGGUGAUAAAGCACAUUCUCUAAGCGAAAAAAUUGACGCUGAAAAUAAAGACGAUAAUAACAAACAGGCUGAUGAAUCUCAAAACUCUAUUAAAUCCCCUCUUUCAGCUGGUGCUCUUAAAACUCCUGAAGGAAUGGAGUAUGUCACGGACUGGGCAACAGAAAUGGAAUUGCAAAGUCCAACAUAUGCCAUUAGGCAAAAAAAAUUAGACGAAACUGAGGCUUCAAAACAAGUUAAUAAACCUUCAACAUCAGAUUGUGUUGAAGAUUCAAAAACAGACAUUCAAAAGGCACCACAGAAUAAACCUGAGCCAUUAGAAAGUACCACAAGUGAUGCCACUAGGCAAAAAAAUCUGGAAGAAACCGAGAUUUCAAAACAAAUUAAUAAACCUUCAACAUCAGAUUGUGUUGAAGAUUCAAAAACAGACAUUCAAAAGGCACCACAGAAUAAACCUGAGCCAUUAGAAAGUACCACAAGUGAUGCCACUAGGCAAAAAAAUCUGGAAGAAACCGAGAUUUCAAAACAAAUUAAUAAACCUUCAACAUCAGAUUAUGUUGAAGAUUCAAAAACAGUUGUUCAAAAUCCACCACAGAAUAAAUCUGAGUCAUUAGAAAGUACCACAAGUGAUGCCACUAGUCAAAAAAAAUUAGACGAAACUGAGGCUUCAAAACAAGUUAAUAAACCUUCAACAUCAGAUUGUGUUGAAGAUUCAAAAACAGAUGUUCAAAAGGCACCACAGGAUGAACCUGAGCCAUUAGAAAGUACCACGAGUGAUGCCACUAAGCAAAAAAAUUUGGAAGAAGCAGAGAUUUCAAAUCAAAUCAAUAAACCUUCAACAUCAGAUUGUGUUGAAGUUGAAGAUUCAAAAACAGAUGUUCAAAAGGCACCACAGAAUAAAUCUGAGUCAUUAGAAAGUACCACAAGUGAUGCCACUAGGCAAGAAAAAUUAGACGAAACUGAGGCUUCAAAAGAAGUUGAACCAAGUACCACAAGUGAUGCCACUGAGCAAAAAAAUUUGGAAGAAGUCGAGAUUUCAAAUCAAAUCAAACCUUCAACAUCAGAUUGUGUUGAAGUUAAAGAUUCAAAAACAGAUGUUCAAAAGGCACCACAGAAUAAACCUGAGCCAUUAGAAAGCAUCACAACUGAUACUGCGCAAGAAGAGGAAAUAGAUACUCGUGAAACUGAAUAUACAGACACUACUGAGAAUAAAAAUUUUGAAGGGUCUCACGCAAUUAAUGAAUCCUCUGAAAAAAUGCCUGUCGGCGUGGAAUCCCUUGUAGAAGAUGGAAAAUCUAACUUGGAUAUUACUUGUAAUAAAGUUGAAGAAGUAGGUAUCCAGGAUGUGAGCACAAAAGAAUCGACAGAUGGAAAUUUCAAGGAUGCAGAAGAAGAAAUAGAUGAUGAGUUUUAUGAAUGUGAUGAAAAUGAUGACGAGCACAAGGAUCUUCCCUUGGAUAACAAGGAGAAAACUGAUGCAAGUGAACCGAAGCAGGAACCUGCAAAUGUGGGAAGAUUUUCUUCAAACUUCAGAUUCUAAAUGUGAAGUAUCGCCAAAUGAUCCAGAACCUACAACAGCGUCAGAAAAUGUACUACCAGUUGUUGAAGAAACAAUACAGCAAAAGAAUAUGGCUCCUGAAAAUGAAGAAGACAAGGUCUCGUGACAAUGAAGUAGUUAAAUUUGUAUGCUUAGGUCUUAAAUAAAAAUUUGAGGAUCAUAUUGUUUGGACAAGGUGCUACAUAUUCGAAUGAUAGUGUGAGAGAGCGAUGUCGCGUAGCGAAAAAUAGGCUCCCGACUCUAACUUCCGAACCGUUGAAAAAUGGAUCAAACGCUUCUGUGCAAAAAUUUUGAUAUUAGAGACUUUGGCGUAUUUUAGCCUCAAUUUUCACCUGUGAAGAAUCAAUAAAUUCGACCCUAAUAUUUCAUGCUUCCAGCACCAUUUUUGUGAGGUCUCUUUACGUUACAAAUACGACAAGUACAAUCAUUUAUUAUGCGGUUAUCUCGCUCUAUAAUUGAUUCAGUGAAAUAUUGAAUAAUGUAGCAGUCAAUACUAGAUUUUUUAUUCAUUUGUUUCCUAAUCGUUAGGAAUCUUUUUAACAUUUUUUUCACUUUGCACCUAUUCUGCUGCUCUUGGUACUUUUGGUUUUUGUGUAAAAAAGUUCAAUUAAGUGUUCGUUGGAUUAAUAUUAAAUGUCCAUCCAACUAAUUUUGGUUAUCGUUUUUAUCCAGCUAGUGAGCUGGAGUCAAUCUCUCUAUAAUAAAUGGAGCUGGACUAAUCUAGAUUAUCAUCUAUAUCUGACUGGAAUAGCAGUGAGAGGAUCGGAGAUUUUUGCAGCUAAGGAUGUGAAAGGAACAAGUCAAAAAAAUAUCUUUCACAGUACUGUGACUUUAUUUCAUUCUGAAUGAACUAACUACAAUGCAAAAUGCAAUUAUUAUAGAAAUAAAUAUUAGCACAAAUUAAUAUUAA